CGCGCGCACAUUUAGUUCGACGCGUUUGCGUUAAACUUUGUCUAGACUUCUCAUCGAUUGGUUUUUAGGGAACCAAGUAUUAAAAAAAAUCAUUUUCAGAUUUAGCAUAGAGUAGUAAUGUAUUAGGAAACAAGAUCGUCGCGUAUUAUUUAUUGUCCAUGUUCUUUUUUCAAUUUAAUAUAAGUACAAUCGUUGAUUCUCACCUUUGCACACGCAAAUCAAUCCACCCGCAAAAUCAUCGAACAACGGCAGCCAUCUUUACUGGCUCCGAAACGGGCUGUGGUUUGUGACAGAGAGACGGUAGUGGUUCUUCAUGUGGUUCACGCGACCAUCUCAUCGCCUAUGCACCCUACGAGAGAUUGGAAAUCAUUUUUAAGUGUGGCUAAUUAGAAGAACUAAGGAACUCGUCUCACGAAUUCGAGCUACCAAAAUAUGGCAAUGGAGACGCCAAGAGAGCGUGAGAUUGCCGCGGAGGACAGUAUUAAGGUAGUCUGUAGAUUUCGACCUUUGAACGACUCCGAAGAAAAAGCUGGUUCGAAAUUUAUCGUAAAAUUCCCCUCUGGCGGUGAGGAUAAUUGCAUCUCUAUCGGGGGAAAAGUAUAUCUUUUUGACAAAGUUUUUAAACCAAAUGCUACUCAAGACAAAGUUUACAAUGAAGCGGCUAGAUCAAUUGUCACAGAUGUGUUGGCAGGGUAUAACGGCACUAUUUUUGCAUAUGGUCAAACAUCUUCAGGAAAAACACAUACCAUGGAAGGUGUUAUUGGAGAUCCAAAUAAACAAGGUAUUAUUCCCAGAAUUGUUAAUGAUAUUUUCAAUCAUAUUUAUGGUAUGGAAGAAAAUUUGGAAUUUCAUAUCAAGGUAUCAUACUUUGAAAUCUAUAUGGACAAAAUUAGAGAUCUUCUUGAUGUUUCUAAAGUGAAUUUAAGUGUGCAUGAAGAUAAGAAUCGAGUUCCAUUUGUAAAAGGUGCAACAGAACGCUUUGUAUCUAGUCCUGAAGAAGUAUUUGAAGUUAUAGAAGAGGGAAAAUCAAAUAGGCACAUUGCAGUAACUAAUAUGAACGAACACAGUUCACGUUCUCAUUCUGUAUUUUUAAUAAAUGUGAAACAGGAAAAUUUAGAAAACCAAAAGAAGCUUUCUGGAAAAUUAUAUCUUGUUGAUUUGGCUGGUUCAGAAAAGGUUUCUAAAACUGGAGCAGAAGGAACUGUACUAGAUGAAGCAAAAAAUAUCAAUAAAUCUCUAUCAGCACUUGGCAAUGUAAUAUCAGCUUUAGCUGAUGGAAAUAAAACUCACAUUCCUUAUCGUGAUUCAAAAUUGACUAGAAUUUUACAAGAAUCUCUUGGUGGCAAUGCCAGAACUACAAUUAUUAUUUGUUGUUCACCAGCUAGUUUCAAUGAAUCAGAAACAAAAUCGACAUUAGAUUUUGGUAAACGUGCUAAAACUAUUAAGAAUGUUGUAUGUGUUAAUGAGGAAUUGACAGCUGAAGAAUGGAAACGUCGCUACGAAAGAGAAAAGGAAAAAGCAGCUAGAUUGAAAGGAAAAGUUGAAAAAUUAGAAGCUGAAUUAUCACGUUGGCGACAGGGUGAAACUGUUAAACCUGAAGAACAAGUUAAUUUGGUUGAAGGACCAGAUGUUACAACACCAAUUAAUAUGUCUAUUGAAGGUAAACUGGAUGAUGGUCCGAUGCCAGCCACUCCUGGUGGCAACUUAAUGGCUGGAUCUUUAUCUAAUGAAGAAAGACAAAAAUUAGAAGAAGAACGUGAAAGACUUUAUCAACAAUUGGAUGAUAAAGAUGAAGAAAUCAAUCAACAAUCACAAUAUGUUGAGAACUUAAAAGAACAAAUUCAUGAACAAGCAGAAUUAAUUGCUACUGCAAGACGUGAAUAUGAAAAACUUCAACAGGAAGUAAAUCGAACACAGCAAGAACACGAACGGGCUAAGGAAGAAGUUAAAGAAGUUUUACAAGCAUUGGAAGAAUUAGCAGUUAAUUAUGAUCAGAAAUGCCAAGAGUGUGAUAUUAAAAAGAAAGAAACUGAAACUUUAACAGAAGAAUUAUUAGCAAAACAAACAACAUUAAACAGUACGGCUUCAGAAUUACAACAAUUACGAGAUAUGUCGGCUCAUCAAAGGAAACGUAUUGCAGAAAUGCUAGCAAACUUCUUAAAAGAUUUAGGUGAAAUUGGGGUUGCAAUUGGUGGUGAUGAAAAUCUAAAAGUUGCACCUACAGAAAGUAAUGGUAAACUUGAAGAAGAAUUUACUGUGGCAAGACUGUUUAUUAGUAAAAUGAAAUCAGAGGUGAAGAAUUUAGUACAACGAUGUCAAGGAUUAGAAAGUUUCCAAGUAGACUGUAACAAGAAAGUUGCUGAAUAUGAAAAAGAUUUGGCUGAAUGUCGUUUAUUAAUUUCUCAACACGAAGCUCGCAUGCAAACAUUAACGGAAUCAAUGAAAGUAGCAGAAGCACGUAAACGUGCUUUAGAAGAAGAUGUUGAUGCUUUACGCGAAGAAUGUGCCAAGUUAAAGGCUGCAGAACAGGUACAAGCAGUUACAAAUAAAGAAAAAGCAGAAGAAAAAGAAGCAGCGACAAAGAUGAGAGUAGCACUAGAAGAACAAAUGGAUCAAUUGCGAGAUGCUCAUCAGAAACAAGUCGCAGCACUUCGAGAUGAAUUAUCUGAAAAACAAGAAUUGAUUAGUGAACUUAAAGAUUUGAAUCAAAAAUUCACAUUGGCUCAUCAACAAAUGCAAGCAGAUUAUGAACGAUUAAAACAAGAAGAAGCAAAUAAAUCUGUUAAAUUGCAAGAAUUAAUUUUGCUUAAUGAACGUCGUGAACAAGCUCGAAAAGAUCUUAAAGGUCUAGAGGAAACAGUAGCCAAAGAACUUCAAACAUUGCAUAAUCUACGCAAGUUAUUUGUUCAAGAUCUUCAAACUAGAAUAAAGAAGACUAUGAUUGCAGAAGAUAACGAAGAUGAUGGUGGAUCAUUAACACAGAAACAAAAGAUUUCCUUCCUCGAGAAUAAUUUAGACCAGCUUACAAAGGUUCAUAAACAACUUGUAAGAGAUAAUGCUGAUCUUCGAUGUGAAUUACCUAAACUUGAAAAAAGAUUACGGGCUACUAUGGAACGUGUCAAAGCUCUAGAAACAGCAUUGCGAGAUGCCAAAGAAGGUGCAAUGCGAGAUCGUAAACGUUAUCAAUACGAGGUAGAUAGAAUCAAGGAAGCAGUUAGACAAAAGAAUUUAGCUCGUCGUGGACCGAGUGCACAAAUUGCUAAACCAAUUAGAGCUGGUCAACAUCAUUUAACUAAUGUUAAUGCUAUUAGAACGGGAAAUCGUGAAAACGAAUGCAAGAACGCUUUCAUCAAUGAAAGCAAUAGAGUUCCAGAGACUCUAAUUUGUAGUGGAUACCCAUAAAUGUUACAACUAUAUAGUAAGGGUAAUAGACGUAAUAUAUCCGCAAGGAGCACCGCCAGUUCUUUUUAUUUGUCUCAAAACAAGCAUGUGCUUAGGUAUAUUCAAAUAAGUGCAUUAAGUUAUAAAAUUAGUGCUGCAUGUCCUAUCGAUUUGUAAAUAGUUAAUUUUUAUAAAUUAUUUAACUUAAUAUCAUGCACGAUGAAUAAAAGUGAAUGUCUAUCAAAUAAUCAUGCAAAGGCCUCUUAUGAAAAAUGUUUCAAUAUUUAUUUCUUAUAAAAUUUUGUAUACUGUAUCUUUAAAAAGAUAAAUGAAUUCUAUUAUAAUGAAAUAGAAAAUAAAUUUCUAAAAAUGAUUAAUAUAAUUUAAUCAAUUUGUCUAUAAUAGUUUUAAUUUAUCUGCUAUCAACAUUAAUAUUUCCCAUCAAAUGAGGCAGUACUAUCUAACAUUUGGUAGGUAUCGCUGACAUGAAAUGCGAUUGGACAUGCGGCUUUGAAAAAAUUGUAGGAAUGAUCGUGGCUUAUAAGUAUUUAUAAUUGUAAGAAUUCUCUCCAUUGCUAUUAACAUAUACGCGA